AUGACAGCAUUUCAUGGCACUUAAUUUCAUACUUUCGUGGUGGACAGAACAUAACACGCAGAGGACUCUUCAAAUAUUUGCCAACAGAAAUAAUUUGGAUAUAAUAUUUAUAUAUUAAAGUGUUCAGAAAUGUUGAGAUACAUAAUAAUUGCGCUCGCGUUCUGUGGCGUUCAACAAUUAACGGCGGCCACUCCACCGAGCGGCAGCCAUUUGAGUUUUGACCUUAACGGACGCAUUAUCAAUGGCACCGUGGCGAGUUUUAAUGCCACCAAACAUCAGGUCUCCAUAAGACGUCGCCUCAAUGAUGGCUACUACUUUGGUACCGGUCAUCUCUGUGGUGGUUCGUUGAUUAGUUCGGAUGUAGUGCUCUCCGCGGCGCAUUGUUUCGUCAAUUACGACAUCAAUAACGGAACAUUCCGUCCGGAUUCGGAUUUCAUUGUGGUUAUGGGCAAUCUGGAUCGUUUCGAACUCAACAAUUACACGCUUGUAUUUGACAUACAGAAAGUCGUCUUCAAUGUAAGCCAUUUCAAUCUCAGCACCUAUGAGUCGGACAUUGCUUUGGUGUUCCUGAAUGGGUCUGUGCCCACGAAUUACACCAGAGCCCAACCUAUUCAAAUAAAUACGAAAGAAGUGCCCGACAAUACCACUUGUCAGGUAACUGGUUGGGGACAAACUGAAGAGGGUUACUUAUCGGAUGUUUUGCUGACUGUUGAUGUGCCCAUCAUUAAUGAAACUGUCUGCGCAAAUAAUAUGAAAUUUGGUCCUGGACUCAUUCGUCAGGGUAUGCUCUGUGCUGGCUAUACGCAGGGUGAGCGUGACGCCUGUUCGGGCGAUUCUGGUGGUCCACUUGUGUGCAACAACAAAUUGGCCGGUAUUGUAUCGUGGGGAGUCGGUUGUGCACAACCCGAACUACCAGGUGUCUACACGAAUGUAUCCUAUUGGGCGAAGUGGAUCGAAGAGCAUACGGAUGUUAAAAGCGCAGCGAACUCAGGUCAUUUGGCCGGUCUUACUGUUUUCUUGACAGUAUUUAUUGGUUUAGUACUGAAUAGAUAAAUGUUGAUAAUUUGAUAUCAAUUUAUACUUAAGUACAUAUAUACUCGUAAAAUAUAUAAGAGAACCGUUAUAAUUACUGU